AUGGCAGUUCCACGAAAGGAAACUUCUAAAUUGCUGUUAUCUUCAACACAAUCCACCACCUCUGAUGGGAAAUCAUCAGACAGAUAUUCAAUAUCAACAACUGCUAUAACAUCAGAUGAAUAUUAUGAAGUCUACUGCCAACCUUGUGACGAGGACGGAGCCAGGCUUCCAGCCAAAGGUUACUGCUCAGAUUGCAAGGAACAUCUAUGCAGGGAUUGUUUCAUAUUCCACAGAAAAAAUAAACUUUCUAAACAUCAUACUCUUCUUGAUGCGAAGUCUAUGCCUACAUCAUUGCAACAACCCACAACAGCAACCAACACAGCCACGUCUGAUGACUUGACCACACCUUGUCCCGAACAUUCAAAAGAGAUGAUCAAGUUUUAUUGCAAAGAUCAUAAAAAAUUGCUAUGCAGUGUGUGUGUCACUCUUAAACACACAACUGCGUCGUGCAAAGUCAACUAUAUACCUGACAUUUCCACACAGUAUGUCAAUAGUAAAGAAUACCACACUAAACUGAAAGAAAUGGCUAGCUUUUCUGAAAAAUAUAAAAAGAUUAUUGAAGAUUUAAAGAAAUUGACAGCAAAAUCAAACAGUUCACUGACAGAAGUAUUAAGAGACAUUAGGAAGUUUCGAGAAGAAAUCAACCAAACACUUGAUGAAAUGGAAAGACGAGCUGAGGAUGAAGCUAAGCUGAUUCAGCAAAGCAAUGAGAACUUUCUGAAGACAAUGGAAACAACACAUUCUGAUUUAAUGAACUCUCUCUCCUUAUCCUCUAACACGAUCAAAGAACUCAACACUUCAGACCAAGCCAAUAAAUUAUUUGUGGCAUUGAAACUUGCAGAAAAAACGAUAGAAGAAAGUAAAAGAAACAUUCGUCAUGUACAAUCAACUGUUGUGGAUGAGUACGAUUUCAAACCAAAUGAAGCAGUGUUGGAAGGGAUUGAAAAAGAGAAGUCAUUAGGUAAACUAGUGCCAAAAAGAUGUCCUACUCAACCAAUUGAAAUGAAACCAAGAAAAUCUUCACAUCAGGGACAGGUGAAUGUUAAGAUUUCACAGGAUAAGGACGGGUGCCAGAUAUCUGGGAUGGUGCUCCUUAAUCCAGAUACCAUUAUCAUUACUGACCAGGUAAACAGUACUGUAAAAAUGAUUGAUACCAGCCGUUAUUUGGUCACUGAUUGCUUGCUACUAGAUAGCAGACCACGAGACGUUACUUCAAUUAUCAGUACUAAUGUUGCUGUCACAAUUCCUUCCGAACAAAAAGUUCAGUUCAUAUCUACCAAUAUUGCUAACAAACUUACGAAGAAACGGGCAAUAAGCGUUGAUGGAGACUGCCAUGGUAUAAGCUGUUAUAGAGAUAAACUUAUUGUAUCUUUCUUCAAUCCUGCAAAACUACAGAUCCUUGAUAUGGAUGGCAAUAUCCUUACGAAUAUUAAAGAGACAAACUUUUUGAGAAGUCCAUUACAUGUCGCAACAAACAAUAGUUCAAUCUUCGUAUCUGACUGGGGAAUGAAAUCAGUUACAAUAUUAAGUUGGAAGGGCGAAGUGAUUGGUAGCUAUGGCGGUAUGGGUUUUCCAAGUGGAUUAGCACUAUCAGAUGUUGGUACACUUUUCGUGUGCGAUAAUGAGAAAAAUGUUAUAGAAGAGAUAGCGGAAGAUUGUUCAAUAGGAAACGUUGUAUUAAAAGAUAUUGUAUCUCCCUAUGUAGUAUGUUGGUGUGCUGAGAGAAAGAUGCUUUACUACUGUUGCUUCACAAUGAAUGACAAGGAUGACAAUUUUCUCCAUAUUUGUAAGAUGUAA